ACAUUAGCCAUUUUUUGGGAACAGGGGAACAAAAUUCGAAAAAUUACAAAGGGGAACAAAUAAUGAAAAUGUGUGGGAACAUGGGAACAUAGGGCAAUUUUGGAAGGGAACAAGGGAACAAAGACCCCCCCCCCGGGAGACCCUCAUUCGACGGAACUACAUCCCAUCAUGUAGGAUGUAGGAUCAACCUUCUCGUCAUGCGCCGCGCGUAUGUCGCAUGUGUAAAUCAGUUGGCCGCUGUACAUGUAUUUUCUAUGGCCUGGUAUGUAUACAAAAUAGUUAUGCAACACCCUCUUGUGGUAUACCAUGGAAUGUCACUCUCAACAUUGCCCGAGCCUUUUGGCGAGUGCAGUUUGAGAGAAUUAUAAAACGUCAAGCGUACUGUAAAUCCUUAUUUUCUGGAGCUUUCUGUCUUACGAUUACUUAUUUCUUACUUCAUACUGAGAAAAUUACGGACGGACGUGCGUUAUUUUUCAUUUUGCAUUUUUGCAUUGCAGUGCAACUUGAAAAUCAACGAUUUUAAAAUUGACCAGCUCUCAGCCAAUCUUAAUGACAUAAUUUUCUCUGUCGCUAAUAGCUAAGUGCAUGACCACUAUAAAUAAGAUUUACAUUUUUGUGCAUAUUAAGAAUUUUAGUCCGCGGGUAUCUUCCCCUUGUGAGUCCCUUGUGAGUUGCGUGUCAUUCUCGUGCCUACUGAGCGCGGCUAAGGAAGACUGGGAACUAGUUUCUUUCAAAUCGACAAUAAUGGCGGUGUCACUCGUUUUCGUUUCGCUCUCUUUCUGCCUUACAGCGACCCGUGGAGAAGAGAUAGCGGGAGGCAACAAUUUCAUCUCACAAAGUGCUGUUAGAACACUGAUAGCUGUCAUAGGAGUGACAAUUUGUUUGGUAGUACUUAUAAAGUGGUAUUUCAGUGGAGGAGUAUGCAAGAGCAAGGCACGAUUGGAUGGCAAGACUACAAUUGUGACAGGUGCCAACACUGGAAUUGGAAAGGAGACAGCAUUGGAUUUUGCAGAGAGAGGUGCCAGGGUCAUUUUGGCUUGCCGAGAUGAGGAGAAAGCCAAAGAUGCUGCAAGGGACAUUGUUGCUGAGACUGGAAGUGAUAAAGUUGUUGUCAGGAUUCUUGACCUGGCUUCUUUUGAGUCUGUCAGAGCUUUUGCUAAGCUCAUCAAUGAAACAGAAGAGAGGCUGGACAUUCUUGUAAACAAUGCAGGGCUUUCUGGAACUUACAGGUUGACAAAGGAUGGCUAUGAAAGUAUUUUUCAAGUAAACUACCUUAGCCAUUUUCUGCUCACUUUACUAGUGAUGGAGAAACUGAAGAAAUCCGCACCAAGUCGUAUUGUAAAUGUAUCAUCUUUAAUGCAUGAGCUAAAAUAUGCAGAUCUCCAACUUGACGAUUUUACACUUUCCAAAGAGAAGUUUGGAAAAGUGAAGAGUCGCUAUGCUCAAUCAAAGUUAGCACAGGUUGUGUUCACAAGGGAGUUGAGCAAGCGAUUAGAAGGUACUGGAGUAACAGUAUAUGCCCUUCAUCCUGGUGCUGUGAAGUCUGACAUCUGGCGAUGCUGGAAGCUUUUCCAAAAACCUUUUGUGAAACCAUUAGUACAGCUCUUGAUGUUCCUAUUUUUCAAGGAUUGCAAGCAGGGAGCACAGACAACAAUCUACUGUUCAGUUGCAGAAGAGCUAGAAGGUGUCUCAGGGCUUUACUACAGUGAUUGCCGAGUCAAGGAGUGCAAUCCACUUGCCAAAGAUCCUGGUUUGGGAAAGAAGUUGUGGGAUGUUAGUGAAAGGUUGACUGGAGAAAGCUGGACCAAUUAAAACUGAUAACAACGCAGUUUUUACUUAAUAGCCAUAUUGAUUCCAUUAUCAGCAUUUCUUUGCUGAGUGGCCAAGGGUAUAAAGACUAUAAGUGGCCUUGCUCUAAUGAAUGUCCCAUUUUUGGUAACAAUAAUUUUUACAUAAAUUUUAUUACAAUAACCAACUUUACCGGUAUUAAUAGAGGGUAACACAGAACAGUAGAUAUUACUGAUAAACCAGUGGCCCUCCUAGAAAUAUUUACAGUAUAAAAAGAUGAACUAUAAUACACUCAAAACCAUUAAUACUCUUUACACUAUGCUCCAGAGUUUUCCAUAUAAGUGACCAGUGUACUGAGUUUAUUUAAUUUAUAAGUGAAAUGAUUUGUUUUGUUAGUUCAUUAUUGGUUAGGAAUUAUUGUAAAUAGCUAUCUUAUCGUAAAUAAUUAAACUCUUGCUUCUUUUAAUUAAAUAAUUUGUUUAGUAUAAUAACGGCUAAU